UGAAAGGCCACACGUGACGCGAAGGGUGGUCCAGCAUGCACACACUGCGAAGACAACGGCUAAGGGGGGAAAAGAUACAAGCCUCAAUCCCGGCGUUUAUAUAAAGCACCUAAAUUGUUGACACGGGUCGUAAAUUGUUCAUUUUGAUUUCUAAAUUCGCUUCGAAGAGGCUCUAACGGUCCUGCGAGUCCUGGAGAGGCUACAACAUGAGGGAUUGUGCAGGCGGUAACACGAGAGAGGAGCUUGCCCAGUCGACAUGCUGCUGUGGAGCUUUAUCGGAUACCAAACCGCUCUAAAAGUCUUUCUAUGACUUCCUGAAUUCCUGUGUGAAACUAACCACACACUUGCAGGAUACAGUUCCUUGUUAUAGUAACCAGAGCACGCACGCCGGUCACAAACAGAGGUAUAGAUAAAGAGACAUUAAUACAAUAGCUAACGCUGACCAUGAGUGAGCAGCAGGAAGAGUAUGUGGAGCAUCAGUACAUGUGCAGUGAGUGUCAGCAGCUCUUCAAUACUCUGGAGGAGGUGCUGAUACACCAACAGGUGCACACUGGUUCAGAAUUAGAAGACCUGGUGGCCAUUUCUAGCAAUGAGGACACCAGGGACAGUCAGUACCAGUGUCUUGAAUGCGGCGCUCUUCUCAGAAACUCGGACGAACUGCUGCUCCAUCAAGAGCUGCACAUGAGGGAGGCAGGCCUGGGUGCUGAACAUGAGCUUUGUGAGGUGGCAGAAACCGAUGCUGCAGUUGCAGCGGUUCCGAUCCAUUACCAGUGCCUGGAGUGUCUGGCCCUCUUCGACACGGCUGAAUUGUGGAUGGCACACAGGCAGACGCACAAGAUCAGCACACACAGCGACAUGUCUGACACUGAUUAUGUUCUACAGCCAGAUGGUUCAGUCACCCCUGUGGCCAAAGUGCAAAAUCUGGUGCUAGAUGAACAGCGAGCCGGAGAGAUCCUAACAUUAGCUCAGGCUCUUAGAGAGCAGCAGUCUCAGCCCAAGCCUACGUCUCUACCCCGUGCUACUCUUCUUCAAAGCACCCAGUCCCUUCCUGGUUCCACUUCUGCCAUGUUCCGUCUCCAGUUCUGCUCUGCCCAAGCCAUUGCAGAUGGCUCCGCCUCAACAACCAUUCGCAAAGCCAAGCUCCUUCCUCCGCUUCUCCCCUCCGAGCCAAUCAGGCUUGAGAACGGCAUUACGACGCUCAAUCUUCUCCCUGCUGUUGAGCAUUCAGACUUCGGGAAGCACACCGACGAAGAGGUGUUGAUCAUUCAUCCGUACGAAUGCUCAGAAUGCAACCUGCUUUUCAGCACUCCAGAAGAUUUUCUCCACCACCAGGGAGAGCACUUUCUAGCUCAGGACAAAGAGAGUGGGGGUGCUGGGGUCAUGUUAGGCCACGACGACGGUGCUAGAGCGAGGGAAGAUGAAGGACGGAAAGACAUGAGAGAGGCGGGGAGUAAGGCAGAGCAGGGGAAAGGCCAGGGCGGAAGACGUACCUACACGGCCCGAUUGGCAAGUCUCGGAGUGAAUUCAUCCAUUUCAUCGGCCAACCUGCAAUGUGAAGAGUGCCAGAGAACUUUCACCACAGCCAAUCGGCUGGCAGCACAUCUCCGAGUGCAUGAGCAGGGAACACACGAAUGCCCUGAAUGUGACAAAGUGUUCAAAAAGGUGGGAUCACUGCAUACACACAUGCGCACACACUCCGGGGAGGCCCGCUUUCUGUGUGUGGACUGCGGACAUAGCUUCACUACAGAAAUGACCCUCAUCAUACACAGGAAGUCCCAUACAUCGGAGCCUCUCCACAGGUGCCCUUUCUGUGCCAAAACCUUCACCAAUAUGACCAAGUUUCUUUACCAUCGCCGCACUCAUACUAACCGUGAACCAGUCAGCUCUGCCUCCACAGUUACUCUGACUCAGCAGAUGCCUCUGUCUAUUAUGCAAAGGGCAAGAGAACGAGAGGCUGUUUGGAGAAAACAGAAACAGGCAGUACUUAUGGCUCCUGUAAAUGCUGAAAUGGACACGGGUGAGAGCAUACUGGAAGCCGCAGCUUCUCUCUCUCAGGCUGCUGUAACAGCAGAAAAUGGAAUAGAUUUUAAGGAUCCUAGUACAGAAGACGCACAAAAGCACCAGGCAAACCCAGACAACAAUCUCAACCUGGACGUUAUGGAGGAUUCUGAUAAAUGGCAGGCUCCCAUUACAGAGGACGAUAUAAAGUUCCCUUGCUCUACCUGCAAAAAAACCUUCACUUCCCAAAUCCGUUUGUUAAGUCACCGCCGAACAGCGCAUUCCAGCGAGCGCCGCUUCAAGUGCAACGUAUGUGGAAAGCCUUUCAAGAAGCAGAUCCAUCUGCGGAACCACCUGCGCACACACACGGGUGAGCGGCCAUUCCAGUGCAGUGUGUGCGGCAAGACCUUCUCUUUACUGGCCAACCUUACUCGACACGGCCUGACUCAUACGGGCGUGCGGCCAUAUCGUUGUGACGUAUGCCACAGGGCUUUUACACAGUCCUCUAACCUGCACCAGCACCGCCUGCUCCAUAGUAACCCCACUCCCUCAGCUUGCCCGGACUGCUCAGCCACAUUCAUCCGGCCGGCAAAGCUUGUAGCACAUAGAUUCCUUCACCAUCCAGGAGCACCAGCGCCAUACCCCUGCCCGCAUUGCUCAGAAGGGUUCUUACGAAAGAAGCAAAGGGAUUUGCAUUGCCUAGCAGAACACCCCAACUUGACGGACACUUUUACAGACGUCACUAAUGAAACCUGUCCUAAAGGUCAGAAAGUAUCUACUGAGGUUGUAGAUCAGGGUGCUUCUCUAGUCACAAAGCCAAAUUUGGACUGCACCAUUUGUGGGAAGCGCCUAAACUCAGCUGCUAACCUGCGCCUCCAUCAAUUGAGCCAUGGACUGGGACCGGGCCGCCCACGUGGCUCCAGCUCAGUCUCUGGAAAAUUACACCCAUGCCCAGUGUGUGGGAAGUUGUUUGUUUCAGCAUCAAGCGUCACGUUGCACCAGCGUGUUCACACCGGCGAGAGGCCGUAUCCUUGUGCUGUCUGUGGCAAGCGUUUCAGGCAGAACACCCACCUGCGUGAGCAUCUGCGCACGCAUUCUGGUGAGCGUCCGUUUCGCUGCGAGUUCUGCAACAAAGGUUUUGUGCAGAGCAUGCAUCUGGUUGAGCACAGAAGGACGCACACCGGGGAAAGGCCACAUGCUUGUGCAGAAUGCGGAAAGACCUUCAAGACCAUCUCCAACCUGAGGAACCACCGAAAGACCCACAACAAAUCACAAGAAGAAAUUGAGCAAGGCAAAGAUGCCAAACAGAUGGAGACCACCAUGGAGAGCAGCCUUGCAACACUUGCUGUGGUGAAUGCCUCAGAUGUGAGCCUUUGUCAACAGGGUGUCCCACUGGGGCAACCUCAAGUCAUACAGAUCCAGACUUCUGGUCUGGAACAGGCUCAAGGCACUCCCACCAUUAUGUGUAACGAAUUUGGAGAAGCAAUAGCAAUCAUCGAGACAAGUGGCGAUCUGGCAGAGGCUAUAGAACUUUACCACACUGCGCUGGAAGGUGGGAUCAACAUGGACACCAUCACUCUGGACAACCUACAGCUUGUGUGAACAAGCACGAACAGUCCAUUAUAGUCUGAGACCGUACUGUGGGAUGCUUAAGAGUGAGGGCCGAAUAGGAAUUAAGAAUCGAUUUGAUCGACAGGGUAAUCGUGGGGAAACUGCCUCACACUGCUAAUUAGUAUCGAUCCUGAUGGAUAAAAAGACGCCUGGAGUUUUUAAGUAACAGCGUUUCAGGUUAGCUUCGGGUUUGAAUUUCGGAUGAAUUUCAGGUUGGGAUUAAAAUUCAUCUUCAAUUUCUGAGAGACUGAAGCUACCAGAACUGAAGUUGAAUGUUACUGUGAAACGCAGUAUUAUGCUAGUGACCCAUGUCGCUCCCAAAAAAAAAAUGUAUGCAGGAUAUGUGCAGACUACAUUUUGUUCAGGAUAAUAUAGUUUUGGGGCACGUUCCUUGAAAGGAACUUUUAUUUUACAAGCAUGGAUGUGAACAGGAAGCCAAGACCACAAGUGAAAAUGUCUUAACAGAUGCAAGCACUUAUCUCAGUCACUGUGAUGAGGUAAUGCAUAAUGGAGAAAGGUGAGGAGUGCUUGUGCUGCUUAGCCUGAUUUUACAAGUUCCGUUCUCCUGUUCUGUAAGUGUCAUAAGUAUGUUCUUAUAAAUGUUUUUUUUACUCCACAAUCUGGAAUGUCAAAUUUAUGUAAAUAAAAAUUUACUGUUUGUCUCA